GCCUCGUCGAUUCUGGUAGGAAGUCUGACGGUUCGUUACUUCUUACUAGCGCCUCUUCACACAGGUGACAGCAGGUCCUAAAUUCGCUUCUUCGCUUCUCGCUUUCCGUGAUGCAUGCACAUUUAAUAGCGCCUGGCAGCGAUACUUAAGAUGGACAGACCAAGUCCUCACUCCAUUCCGCGCUUCUGCCUUCGAAAUGCACUUCAUCAAUGUCAAAUUCCGUUUGAGUCCCACUACUCUGCUCCUCUUGACUAUCUUCGGUCAGACUGUGAUCAUGGGUUUCGCAUGGGGCUUCACCGGAGGCCUUUUGUUCGCAGAUAUUCUCGCACUACCGGAUCACAUCGUUUAUCUGAUCUUAGAGCAUCCGACAGUGCUGACCUUAAUAGUUACGCUGAUUUCAACUGUCUUGUCGAUCAUCACUUCAAUGUUCUUCACAUUUGCCGUCAAAGAAGCGUUUCGGCACCACCUCUCAGGGCCGAUUACACUGUUCAGGCUCCGCACUGCAAUAGCGCUUAGCAGACCGACUUGGGUGUUGCGAUGGAGAUCCCUCAAGCUUUCCGCCCUCACGUUGUUGGUUUAUGCGGUUAUUACAUUUCUGAACACAAGUUGGAGCACUUUGCUUCUGCCCACCCUUGUCCAAUGGCCUGUGGCAAUGUCCGGAACGGAACUAGACUUGGGAUCUGCUGCAUUCGUAAACCAGUUGAGUGUGGACCUUAAUAUUGCGGUAAAUAGCACCACACAAGCACCUGCGUUUCAAACCAUCAAUGUCUUGACUCUCCUCAGUGGUAUUUCUGCGGUUGACAUUCAAGGAGGUGUGCAAACGACUAGCAUAUUCAGCUUUAACGGAGUUUCAUACAAUCAAUCGUGUGGUGGAGUUCUUCCUGCGAUAGAGGAGUACUCCGGAGCAUCAGACCUACCGGGUCCUAAUGUUGGCCUGGAGUUCUCUGGGGGCAAAGUGCCAGUUAAUUCCAGUUUUGACUGGGGGCACCUCGGGCGCGAUGCCGGGACUCAAGGCAUUUCGAAGAACUACACUGUCACACAGCAAGGUGUCACGGCAGAUGUUACUUGUCAGCCGAUGGACCGCAGUAAAGAUUCAUUCGAAGUCACCCCAACAGUAUCACAAGGACCGUUUAACACGUUCAUAACGUGGGUAGCCGCUGCGAAUUGUUCAGGAAGUGCGUUCAUCUCUGACAUGAAACUCGUCCAUGACUUAUCAACUCCAGAUCAAAAUUCGCUGACCUAUUUCACUGUCGGCAACGCGAGUGGUCAGAUGGACCACACCGUGGGAUUUCUCCCUGUUGUUGUAUGCCCCAGUCCAAACGCGACGGCAUUCAACCCAUAUAAAUUUGAUAUUUUCAUGUCUGGCCUGUACAAAUAUGACUUCCUGCCGACGAUUGUUUGCGAAGUUGUUCCGUACUUGACCACAGUCAACGUCACCUAUAAUGGAGGACUCAUAUAUGUCGAUCGGAUUGACCCAUCUUCUGGUUUAACGAACAAUUCGAAUUUUCCUUUAUCCCAGUACAUCGCGACUGUGAUGAAUUAUCAAGCGGGGUCAAACCAAGCCGUAGGGAAGAAUACAAUUGGUGACUUUUUGACCGCGUACGGUACCAGCAAUGUAUCAGUCAUGUACGACGAAUUGGAAGAUUACUGGCGCGGUAUUGCGGAGUUCUCCUCUACUCAACUUCGUUCCGGAUACUCCACUUCAGGAGAUAUUCCGUCGAAUAUGACAAGGGCGACAAGCGGCACAAUGUAUAUCAUGACAUACGGCUGGCGAAGCCAGACCCACACGUUUAUCCUUCUGCUUGUGGUGAUCACCGUGAUCUGGGGCACCACCCUAUUGGCCGCCGGGUACAGCCUCAUCAAAGAAAAAUACAGUGCCUCCGAUCCAUCUUUCGACUUUUCUGACCCCGUUCAUCUCAUCAUCGCGGCAUCUGGCGGAGGACUUGAAUCGCAGCUUCGCGAAGCCGAUAGAAACCAUGCAGACAAUCGCGAGGACAUUACGGUUCGGUUUGUUGAUGUUGUUGACCCCGAGGGAAAGAUAACCGGCAGCAAGAGACUGAUUACUGUGUGAUACGAUGAUUCUUUGGAUCCGGGGCGCCUGACACCCAUUACAGAUUGUGGUCCCUUGAUAUUGUUUGUAGUGAUCGAAUUGCUAGAUCUGUCGCAUCUAAUAAUGUCACGGUGAUCGUAGUCCUUAUUCAAUUACUACAUUAUCUAUGAGCCUCAGUGGACAAUUAAUUUU